AUGAAAAACACUGAGAAGUUGAGUGGAGCAAGAUCGUUUUUUGCGGAAUCCAUGUUGAAAGUCACUCAACGAAGGUUUAACAAACUCGGACAUGUGGAUAUGGAUGACUCGCUCGAGAAGCUUGGAUACAAUGGAAAGCAAAGAGAUGGGUCAAUAGUUAGAGACAUCAUGGACAUCGCUUUGCUUUGCCUUGUGAUAGUGAAAUAUUCAAGAGAGCAGUUAAUGAUGGAGAAAUUUCGUCUGCACACUCUUUCAGUAGCCAGACAGAUUCCAUCAGGUCCUGAGGCUUUGUCGGCGGGGAGGCUUGAUAUGAGAAAAAUUGAGGCGAAGAAUCUAUUAAAGGCAUCAGCUUUACCUUCUGAGGAUGUAAAUUGCUUGUCGUUAUAG